AUGACGACGCUCGUUGUGGGCAAGAACUUGCCAGGCAGUCGCAACGACGAGUUCUUUGGCUGGGAAGAGAGCGGCGCGGACCGCAGCGCCGACGUGGGCGGCGCGUUCGACGUCGAGCAGCUGAUCCAGCGCCAGAUCCGAGCGGACCCGACAGCGCUCGCGCCCAUCUACGACGUGCCCGACGACCAGAACUCGUACUUGUGGCAGUACGAGCACUUGCGGCAGAUCAUGAAGGAGCUGAACGUGCUGGUCGCGCGUCUCGACGGCACGUGCACGCGCGAGUCGUGUCCUGUCAUGAAGGCCACAGACGAGUGGGUGUUCCUGUGUGCUGCCCACAAAGCGCCGAAAGAGUGCUGCGCGUUUGAGUACAUUGUGCACACGAUGGACAAUGUCAACACGUUGCUCACGAGCAGUCGCGUGUUCCCGUCGCGGACGAGCAUUAGCUCGAACGCCACGCAGUACUUCCAGUCGGUCUCGCGUCGACUCUACCGCAUCUUUUCGCACACGUACUUCCACCAUCCCGAGGUCUUUAGUGACUACGAGGACGCGUCGUACUUGUGCCAUCGCUUUGUGUACUUUGCGCUGCACUUUUGCCUCAUUCCAAAGAGUUUGCUCAUUAUUCCGGACAUUGGCUGA